ACGCUACACCGCUACAACAAAGAUGACGGGGAGAAGACGCUGUCGAAGUCCAGAAGUCCAGCACAGCACCGGACCACCAGCGGUGUGGAGCUUCUCCUAUGUGGGCUGCAGUGAUCUCAUUAGGAGCUAAGACCGGGCACACUUCAGUGCUCACCGUUUUACACCCCACCCUUCCUCCAAAGAAGCCCCGAAAGGGAGGAGGGGGAGGCGACUCAUCAUGUCCGCUGGAAAAACAACAACCGACGGAGGCAACACUUUCGUCGGCUGCCUCCAUUCCCGCUGACAUUCGUCCAGAUAUUUCCCCCUCUUAUCUUCACAUCUCAGCGUUCCGCUUCGCCACGGUAAAAAAAAAAAGAAAAAAGAGAGAAGAAGAGAUGAGUCAGGCUGAGCAGGUGCUUGAGGUCACACCUGCUAACCUCAGUGACGACCCAGUGGAUUCAGACACCCUCAAAGAGCACCCUCAGACGGGCAUGCUGGGCAGGUUGGCAGGGGGCUUGUACGGCGCCACCAAGGGGGCCUUAGGAGCGACCGUGGGCGGCGUGGCCUGGAUCGGCGGGAAGAGCCUGGACCUCACUAAGACGGCCGUCUGCUCGGUGGCCGCCGUGCCGGCGGCCGGCGUGGGCCUGGUCAAGGGAGGAGUGUGCGCCGUCGCCGGCGGCGUGACGGCCGUGGGCUCCGCCGUGUACAGCAGAGUUCCCACGGGAGGAGGCAAAAAGAAGGACAAGUCCGACUGAGGGCACCUUACACACAAGACUCAAAUGUGUUUCCGGUGUGGGUUCUGUCCCUUGUGUGUUUACUCCCAGUCAUCAAGUGCAAAAUAAGAGCGAGGAAAGACUUUUGUUUGCUGUGAAAGGAAAACACAUUUCUUGUCACCGUAGGUGUGAAGUGGUCCAAAUAAAGUUGAUUUCACUGCACCAGCAAACCUUGAAUCUCAGCAGCGGGACAAUCGAUGACUGAGCAGGUCAGUACAGUACAUUCCUCCUCCUAUACAGUAUGUCAGUGCGUGUGGGCGACCUCUGGUGGCCAGAGUAGGAGAUGCAACCUGUUACAUGUCUCACUACCAUACAACGAAAGCAUUGUGUGGCAUUUUGGAAGCUGACUGUCAUGUUGGCAAUUUAAUAAAUUGUCAAA